CUUACGCUGUCGCGUGUAUGACGUCAUCAAUGUUGGCGGCAUUUUGAAAAAGAAGCGUCUUAUUCCGUACUUUUUAUUUCAGUCAAUUCAUCUUAAUCAGAAAUGGAUGACGUUAAACAGGGCAACCAGGCUCUAACGGAACUGUCAGAAGCUGCCCAGGUGGAGCUAGUGAACCAAUGUGAGCAACAGUUUGCUCAGCUCGAUAAGCUUCAAAACAAGAUCAUUUUAUGUGAGCCAGACCAAUGUGAAAAUAAUCAAGCGCAGUCCGUUAAUCGGCUGUUAGUAACCAAAGCGGAAAUGAAGCAGUGGGUUACAGUGGAACCGAGGCUGCUGGCAGAAAACUCUGAAGUGUUACUUAAAGCUGGAAAAGAGGAGAUGCUCAAGGUAUGCUCUGAACUUGAGAUGGUUCUCUCUUGCUAUGAAGCAAAGCGGGACAAGCUGCGAGAAACGAAAGAACUUGAACAGAAGUGGUUGGAGGAAAAAGGACAGGUGCUCAGUGCUGCCACUGAGCAUGCUAAGCGACUACAAGAACAAAGUGAGAAAUUAUCAGAGCACAGUGUUCUGCUGGAAACCAAGGAGAAGAUCAAUAAAAUGAAAGACUACAAGGAAAAGCUGAUGGAGUCUCUGGGAGACAUCCUAGAAAAACAUGUUCCUCCUCCAUGCAAUGACCUCAAAACAAACAAGAAGAACAUUCCAAAUGAAGUAAAUGAAGACUUAAUUCCCCUCAGUGAUAUUCUGGAGCUGCUCAUGAACAAGGCCCUGAACACGCCACAUGACCCGUAUGUGGCAAUAGACUCCACUUUCUGGCCACCGUAUGUAGAGAUGCUGCUCCGCCAUGGAAUCGCUGUAAGACAUCGGGAGAAUAACUUCAAGAUUCGCCUGGAAACUUUUUUCUGAAGCUGUGGUGUAUUUUGCAUUAAUUAAAUGGACCAAUCCUGAACCUGCUUUUCCUUGUCCUUCCUAAUUUAUAUUUGUGUUGCUUUAGCUGCAUGUAUACAAUUCUCAUAUGCCAAAUUGCCUUUGGUGGCUCAGCCGCACAAUCUAUUGGGAUCCGAUGAAAGUGUCUUUUUCAAAAACAAUACUGCAUGCUAAUUUUAAUGGCAAUUUUGAGCUGAAUAACACUGGUCAGCAAAUUUUUAAUCAAUGAAGGCUUUGUGUCCCUUAAUGUAUUUUUGAUCUUGACAUAAAAACUUUUUUUUUUGACGUACAAAAACGAUGGCUUUUAUCAUGUGUUGUAAUUUAUAGCUCUGACAUUUCAGAAGAAUAUUCCACCUUUAACCUAACCAUUGAAUUAUAACUAUUACCAAAUAUAUUACGAUUUUACAUAUUAAAUUAUGAUUAUUCAUCCAUCCAUCUAUCCAUUAUCUGAACCACUUCAUCGUCACGAGGGUCACGGGCAUGCUGGAGCCUAUCUCCAGCUUCGCUUGUCCAUUUGCAAUAAAGUUUGUUCUGUGUUGGC